AGUGAUUCUGUUGUGUAUUUUGGGUUAUAACAGGACCCGUAGUGGUCAUGCACCAGGUGCAUGAUGGGCAAUGCGCUGUUGUUGUUGUUGUACGGACUAGCCAUGUGCUGGAAGUUAUGCCGCUAUCAAUAAAUACUUAAAGUUACGUCGUGGUCCGAGAAUCAUUGUUAUACUAGUAACACACAGUGAAGAUAUAACAAAAAGUGGCGACGAGGACGACUGGACCGGCGCUGCAGUCCGCGACGAUACGGAGCUUUGAACUUUUUUUUUUCCCUGCCGAUGCCUCGAGCUGACCCGGUGUUAGACGGCGCGGGUGUGAGGACGAGACACCCGGUGUGCAGCGGUGGAUGCCGAUUUUUUUCAGCGAAACGGGGAGGAGUGAGCAGCGGAAAAGACGACAAAGGAAAACUCCGUGAGUGACGCAAAAAAAAAAAAAAAAAAAAGACGUUACAAAAAGGAACAGUUGUGAGGGGAAGAGUGCCAUUCAACCAGGAGCCGAGUAAUGGCUGGAGUUAUUGGCUCAAUCGGUCCCUUCGACGAAAGCACGGAGCAAUGGAGCUCAUAUACGGAGCGUUUUGGAUAUUUCGUUGCAGCUAAUGACGUACAGGAUGAUAAAUGGGUGCCCAUUUUUUUGAGUGUGAUAGGCCCAAAGACUUUUAACCUGCUAAGGAGCCUGCUGCAGCCAGCAAAGCCAGGCAAUAAAAGUUUCACAGAGAUUGUGGACACACUGACCAAACAUUUUUCGCCCAAGCCCCUCGUGAUCGCUGAAAGGUUCAGGUUUCACAAGCGAAACCAAGAAGAGGGUGAGUCUGUCACAAUGUUCGUUGCAUCGUUACGCAAAUUAGCUGAACACUGUGAGUUUAAAGAUGUUUUAAAUGACACAUUAAGAGACAGACUCGUGUGUGGAUUAAGAAAUGAAGCUGCACAGAAGAAAUUACUCACGGAAAGUGACUUGACUCUUGAGAAGGCAAUUAAUAUCAGUGUGACCAUGGAAAUGGCGUCGAAAGAAGCCCAUGCUCUGCAUGCUACAGACAGAGCACACAAACUUGACAGUGGUAAAGCAAAUGCACAAGGACCAUGUUUCCGCUGUGGCAAGUUAGGACACCUUGCUAGUGACUGCUGGUGCAAGGAAAUGGAUUGCAACAACUGUGGAAAAAAAGGCCAUGUAGCACGGGCAUGCAGGAACAAAAAGAGCAAGGAUAAGGGCUCAAAGACCGGAAAUAAAAGGGGCACUGCAAAAUUCAAAAAGGAAAGACAUGUUCGCACAGUUAAGCUUCAUGAGGACAGAGCAAGUGAUUCCUCGGAUGAAGAAGUGUUGUCUGCAAUAAAUACUGUGCGAAUACUGAAUGUGGAUGAAACCUCAGACGGGUUUUGGGUCAAGCCCAGACUGGAAGGACAUGUUGUGAAAAUGCAGACUGACACAGGUUCAAAAGCAUCAUUAGUGUCAUAUAAUGUCUACAGGAAGUGUCUGAAGCACCUUCCACUCAAACCCUCCGACACAGUUUUUAAAGGAUAUACUGGACAUCGAGUGCCUAUGAAAGGAAUGACAGAGGUGAUUGUUCAAUGCAAUGACCAAACUGCUAAGCUGCCUGUGUAUGUUACGCAGAAGAACUGCCCUGCUAUAAUGGGACGUGUGUGGCUCAAAGCAAUCAGACUCAACUGGCAAGAAGUGAGAAAGCUGUCGCAUGGUUCCUCUCAGCUGCAGGCCAUACUGGGGAAGCACAAAGAGGUUUUUCGUGAGGAACUGGGCAGCAUGAAAAAAAUUACAGUGAAGCUGCAUCUCAAACCUGACAGCAAACCAGUCUUUAUGAAGGCUAGACCUGUGCCGUACGCCAUUCGGCCCAAGGUGGAGUCUAACUUAGACACAUUGGUCAAGAAUGGUGUUCUGGAGCCGGUUACAACCAGCGAGUGGGCCACGCCUAUCGUCCCAGUUCCUAAAAAGGACGGAGGAAUCCGGAUCUGCGGAGACUUCAAGGUAUCCGUGAAUCCUGUAUUAACAGCAGAGCAGUAUCCUCUCCCUCUGAUUGAUGACUUAUUUGCUGGCCUGAGUGGGGGACAAAAGUUCAGCAAAAUAGAUCUCAACCAGGCUUACCUGCAAAUGCACGUUGAAGAGCAGUCACGUGAAAUGUUGACUAUCAACACACAUAAGGGACUUUUCAGAUACUGCAGGUUGCCUUUCGGCAUCACAUCAGCUCCAGCAUUGUUUCAGCGAGCGAUUGAUCAAAUCCUGAGUGGAUUACCUGGUGUGCAGUGUUACCUGGAUGAUAUCCUGUGUACAGGAGCAGAUGAUGAAGAACAUCUGCGCAACCUGGAUGCGACCCUUCAGAGACUGAAGGAAUACGGAUUGAGAGUCCGUAAGGAGAAAUGUGACUUUUUCCAGUCAUCUGUGGAAUAUCUAGGGCACGUGAUUGAUGCAAAUGGACUACACACUGCACCUUCGAAGAUCACAGCACUGCAUAACCUGCUACGCAAGGAGGAAGCAUGGAAGUGGACAGCAAGCUGUCAAGAGGCCUUUCAAAAGGCAAAGGAUUCACUGACUGCGUCUGAGGUGCUAACCCACUUCAAUCCUAAGUUCCCAAUUCAGCUUGCCUGUGAUGCUUCUCCCUAUGGGGUAGGGGCAGUGAUUUCCCACAUUCUCCCAAACGGCGAAGAAAGGCCAAUUGCAUUCGCAUCAAGGACAUUAAACACGGCAGAGACCAACUAUGCUCAGCUGGAACGAGAGGCUCUGAGCAUUGUAUUUGGUGUUCGGAAAUUUCACCAGUAUUUGUACGGUAGGAGGUUUACACUGUUAACUGACCAUAGACCUCUCACAACCAUCCUGGGACCCUACACAGGGAUUCCAUCUCUUGCUGCUUCUCGUCUCCAGAGGUGGGCGUUGAUAUUGUCAGGACAUUCUUAUGACAUCAAGUAUCGCAAAUCGGAGUCUCAUUGCAAUGCAGAUGGGUUGUCCAGGUUACCUCUCCCUAUUAAAAAACCCGACUCUGACACUGUUGAGAUCCUCUACUUCAGGGAGGUGGAGACAGCACCGGUUUCGGCUGUGCAGGUGAAAAGGGCGUCCAGAAAUGACCCUGUGUUGUCAGCAGUGAUGGACUGGAUCAUUAAGGGUCUUCCUGCAGGUGAGGAUGUAGACUUGAAGGCCUUCCUUGGAAAGCGGGCGGAGCUUUCUGUUCAGGCGGGAUGUUUGCUGUGGGGGAGGAGAGUCAUUAUUCCCCUGUCACUUCAAACAAAACUGUUGAAGCAACUUCAUGCAGGACACAGUGGAAUAGUGAGAAUGAAGGAAAUAGCGAGAAGCUAUUUUUGGUGGCCAAAUAUGGACAAACAGAUUGAGGAGAUUGCUAAAAACUGUUCAUCGUGUCAUAAGGUCCGGAACAACCCACCACUUGCUCCUCUCCAUCCCUGGGAGUUCCCACAGGAGCCAUGGCAUCGUGUGCACAUUGACUUUGCAGGUCCAUACGAGGACAAAAUGUUUCUUGUAGCUGUUGAUGCACACAGUAAAUGGCCUGAAGUGACCAUCAUGAAAUCAACCACCACUGAGAAGACCAUAGAAGCACUAGGAGAAAUGUUCAGUAGGUUUGGAUCUCCUACACAGAUAGUCUCUGACAAUGGACCUCAACUGGUUUCACAGGAAAUGGAGGCUUUCCUGCAGGCUAAUGGAGUGCAGCACAUUACAUCAGCUCCAUACCAUCCUGCAACGAAUGGUCUUGCAGAAAGGUUUGUUCAGACAAUGAAACAUGCACUGAAAACAUCGCAAGGCCAAGGAACACUGCAUCAGAGACUGCACAAGUUUCUGCUUAACUACCGGAACAGUCCACAUGCAACCACAAGGACAUCUCCUGCCAACGCAAUGUUCAAGAGAGAUCUGCACACUACCUUUGAUCUUUUGAAACCCUCAACUGUGAAGGACACUGUGCAAAAACAACAAGAGAAACAAAUGAUGUACAGGGGCCAACAGGUCAAGGACAGAGUCUUCAGCCCCGGUGAGUCAGUGCUGGCCAGGAACUACCGAGGAGAACACAAGUGGGUUCCUGCAACUGUCAUCGCACAAACUGGACAGUGUUGGAAUAUCUGCUCUCGCUUCUGA